AUGGCCCUAGUAGCUUAUUCUGACUCAGAAGGCUCUGAUGCUGAGCCAGAUAUCACCCCCGUCCCCGUGGUAGACAAGUCAAAGAAGUCUGAUGCUGGUGCGGGCUUCCAGGUCGACCGCAGCAACCCGCGCAAGAUCCGCGUCGCCCUCCCGGGGCUCAAGUCCGAACAACAUACGGACCAGGACAUCGAAGAUGGUCGUGCGCCUAAAAAGGCUCGCCUAGGUGGAGGUUUAGGUGGCAUGUCAUCGGGAUUCAACUCGUUCUUGCCUGCCCCGAAGCGCGUUGCUGAGAAGAAGGCUCCUGUCGCCACAACGCGGAAAAUCUUCGGGUUGAAGACUGGUGCCACUCCAGGAUUUGACCGGCAAGCCGAUGCCGAAUUCAAGAACGAGCUUGCCAAUAUCACAGCCGAAGGAGAUGGUACAGGCGAAGACAUACCAGCAGCCGGUAGUCUGGGGCAAACCGUCGGUACCACAGACUCAGUACAAUUUCAAAAGACGGAGAUUGGGGAAGUCAAGUUGCAGGGCAAUCCUAUGAUGUUCAGACCACUGUCUGUCGCAAAUCGGAACAAGAGGAAUACCAACAAGGCCGCAUCAUCCGCCUCUAGAAAGUUACCGACACCAGCCAACGUACAAAUCACAGAAAAUCCUAGCACACCGGCCCCUCCACCACCGAAACCCAAAGUCAGCCUCUUCUCUAUAUCAUCGACGGAUUCUUCCUCUCAAGCCGAUCUACCUUCAACCGCGACAGGGACCUAUGAGCCCUUAGUAUACACCACCCAACCCGAGGCUGGCCCAGCCCUUGCACCAGAAUCCGCACUUGAUGCUCCUUAUUCCAAUCCCACAGCAGCAGCAGGACCACACUCGCUAGAAAAUAUCGCCGAUGAUUUGAACCUGUCCAAGUCAGAACGACGCCAACUUUUCGGUCGCAAUGCCGCUCCUACCGACUCCCAGGUUCGUACAUUCAACACGGACAAGGAAUAUGCCUACAACCGGGCCAUGGCAGCCACCGAGCUGGCUGGCACACAACAUCAACCUGUGCGUACCAUGAAUACAGCGGGCAAGCACAGCUUGCAACAGUUGGUCAAUGCAGCAACUUCUCAGAAAGAAGCAUUGGAGGAGAACUUUGCCACCGGAAAAAGGAACAAGAAGGAGGCUGGGUCAAGGUAUGGGUGGUAG